AGAUGCAGCCCAGAUCCUGAUUUAUAUGAAGACAUAUGUGUUGUAGACUUGCGGUGCUUGUUCUAUUGAUUUCAAGAUGUGGGUCAGAUCCUAAAAUUUGAUUACUUGUGAGUUGCAAUUUACUCUACUAAGUGUUUGAUGGAUUCCCCUCUGUUAGCUACUCUAGUUUUAGUUGUUCUGGGCAUUUUUAAUCUGCUUGCUGAUUCGCAAUCGAUAUCGAAUCUAGUCCCACCAUUUCCCCCUCCCCCACCACCGCCUCCCCCUCCACCUCCACCACCACCACCAUUGUCACCCCCUCCACCUCUAACACCCCUCAUUCCACCACCUCCUCCGCUAGCUAUAUCAAUGCCACCUCCACCUCCACUCCGUCUUCUUCGGGGCGAAAGUCCUUCACCCCCUCCUAAGAAAAUUGAGAAUCUUUGGAAUCCCCCACCACCUCCACAGAAGAAGCCUGUACUACCACGACAUAGUUUGCGUAAUUAUCAUAAGCAUAAACCUCCGCGAAGACUACCACCUUCCGAAGAAAAGCUCAAUUUGGGGAAGAAAGUUGGAUUGCUGUUUACGGGAAUUGUGGCUAUAUUGCAAGUUUGUGUGGUAGCUUUCUUGGUUAUUAAGUCCCGGCAAAUGUUCAAGGACCAAGAUGUUCAUUAAACAUUCGAUCUUUCUUAAGAAAUUAUAAUCAAUUCCGGGCAUUUGAUUUCUGAGGGAGUGUUUGAUGGUGUUAGCUAAACAUGGAUUUACAGAUUCUGGAUAACUUCGAGUUGUGGGCAUCCACAUUUGGGUCGCCGCUCUUGUAAAUGGG